UCCAUUUACACAGGAAAAAAAAAGCAUUUACAUCCUCAUAGCCUCUCAAUAUACAGCAGUUUUGACAGGCGGCUGAAAUCAUCUCCUUUUCCGCCGUCGUCGAAGGUUUUCUUCUCCUUCUACUGCCUUCAACGACGGCGUUUUUACCUUUCUUUACUUUUUUCCUUCAAUAAACCCUAACAAAAGCACAAAUCUACACCAAUGGCUCGCUCUCUUUCUAACGCUUAUGUUUUCUUCUUCGUCCUCACUGAUACCCUUUCUAUGGCUUCCCAGAGGCGAGGAUUCGCUGCGGCGUCACAAGGGGUAGCAGGAUUAGCAAGAGGAAGUGGGAAAAUCGGAAAAUCAACCCAAGAAGAAAUCGGACGGUCAGCAGAGAACUCGUGGAUUCCAGAUCCUGUCACUGGUUACUACCGCCCAGCUAAUCGUGCGGCUGAGAUUGAUGUUGCUGAACUCCGUGAGAUGCUUCUCAAGCGGAAGAUUAGAUCUCAGUAGAUUUUUGUAAAUUUUGCUUUAUUAAACAAAAAAAGUUAUUAAUCCUCUAAAAAAUUGAAAAAAUAAGAUGAUCAAUGAUACCGGUUACGGUUUCAUGAUGACCGUCGGUGAGAUUAUUGGGUUGAGUGCAAAAGAAAAAGGAAGAAAUUGCUUGUGUUAUUGUAACUCAUAGGUGCUUAUCUUAUGGGAUGUUUUUGAAUUUUAUAGUUAUGAGAAAAACUUUGCUUUAUGAUUACAA